AAGUUCAGCGUCCUGAGCUUACCCUCGUUUCAGAGGAAGCCCUGCCUUUCGUUGCCCAAGCGUUCCUUGCCAAGUCCUCUUAAGGGUCCAAGAGGAAAAAUCAUGUUUUCGCUUUUUUAAAGAAGAAGGAAAGGACCGAAGACGACUUCGCUACCCGAUCGUCCAGGCUCAGGCACAGGCGCAGCGUGCAGGUGGCUCGUCCGGAGCCGCGCCAAGGAAGGGGCAGGGAGGCGGGCGGAAGCGGCGGGAUGCCCCCGGAGCCCCGGCAGCGUGAGUCGGCUCGGUUCCCGCAGGAAGGCGCGGCCGGAGGAGCGCGGCGGGCGGCUUCCCUUCCCGGAACAGUGGAGGGCAGACGCGGCGGCGGGCUGCUGCUUCUCCUCGUGCUUCUCGUGCGCCUCCUGCUCCUCCUCCUCCGCCAUGGCGCGGCCCUCCUUCUCCCUGGCCGCCUGCGAAGUGAUCGGCUUCGACCUGGACCACACGCUGUGCCGCUACCACCUGGUCGAGAGCGCCCGGCUUAUAUAUGAUAGUUUUGCUCAGUACAUGGUAAAAGAGAAAGGUUAUGAUAAAGAACUGCUGAACGUAUCCCAUGAAAGCUGGGAUUUCUGCUUUAAAGGCUUGGUGUUGGACAUGGAAGAUGGCAACUUCCUUAAACUUGCAGAGGAUGGAACUGUUUUGAGGGCAAGCCAUGGCACAAAACAAAUGACCUCUGAAGAGAUCUUACAUACGUAUGGAAGGAAGGAAUGGCGACACUUCAAGACAAUGAGUGGAAUGGUUUCUCGUUCAGCUAAAUAUUAUGCCUAUGACAAUUACUUUGAUCUGCCUGGGGCACUUCUUUGUGCACGGAUUAUUGAUGGUUUAAACAAACAUAGUCCUAGGCGAAAGUAUGACUUUUGGAAGGAUAUGGUUGCUGCCAUACAGCAUAAUUAUAAGACUUCAGCUUUUAAAGAAAAUGGGGGGACAUACUUUCCAGAAGUAAAACGCAAUCCAGGAAAAUACAUACAAUGUUGUCCUGAUCCUGUUAAAAAGUGGCUGAGAAGACUCAAGGACAGUGGAAAGAUUCUGCUAUUGAUUACCAGUUCUCACAGUGACUACUGCAGGCUUUUAUGUGAACACACCUUAGGGAAUGAUUUUGAAGACCUUUUUGACAUUAUAAUCACAAACGCCCUCAAACCAGGUUUCUUCUCUCAGCCACCAGAUCAAAGACCUUUCCGAACACUUGAGAAUGACGAGGAACAAGAGGCCCUCUUAUCCUUGGACAAACCUGGCUGGUACUCCCAAGGUAAUGCAACCCAUUUGUAUGAGUUGCUGAAGAAGAUGACUGGCAAACUAGAACCAAAGGUUGUUUACUUUGGGGACAGCAUGCACUCAGAUAUUUUCUCAGCCCAUCACUAUAGUAACUGGGAGACUGUCCUCAUCUUAGAGGAGCUUCAAGGGGACCCUGCUAUGGUGCCUACAGAGACAGAGUCCGAACCCUUAGAGAAGAAAGGAAAGUAUGAGGGACACCAUCCAAAAGCUCUUCCUUCUGUUUCUAAACAGUGGGGUUCUUUCUUUGUGGAUACCAUUUCAGGAAAGGAAGAUACAGAGGAAACUUUAGUAACUACGUGGUCCUGCAAAUGUGUUAGUGCUUACAGCACCAUCACAAUCCCAAGUAUUGAAGCAAUAGCAGAUUUACCACUGGAUUAUAGAUUCACCAGAUUUUCUUCAAAUACCUCAAUAACUGCUGGUUACUAUCCUAAACCUCCAAGAUCAUUAUUAUCAAGUGGUGAGCUAAUGGCAACCAAAUAAAUACUAUGUAAGGAAAAGAAAAUCCAGAUGCCUUUAUAUAGUGUUAAUGAAUAUGUCAGAUGCUAAUUGAGAAGCUUACCAAUGAAAUCUGAACAAUACAGUUUUAAAAACCCCAAACAGAUCCAAAAAGAAAUUAACUGUUUUCUGUUCGCCGUAAUAGAUGAGCAAUGAGUAUGGGUCUAUAAUGCUUUCUAAUUUUUCCCGUUCAGAAUUUGCUGCCGUCUUUUCAGUUCAUGAUGUGAUAAUAAACACUUUGACACUUCCAUCCAUCACAGUUAUUUUCAUACAUACAAAUCAUAUAGGUCCUUUCCCAUGGUACAGGAGCAUGCACUUGCCCUCAGCCAUGCACACACCUUCUGGAGCAAUAUGAGACACAAGACAGCUCUGUGCAUAUACAGACCUUGAAUGAAGGUCCAACUAGCAGGCUAACUACUCAGAAAAGGAAGGAAUGUGUGUGAAUAAGGCUGUUAUACGUAGGAUUCAAGGAUCAUGGUAGGGAGGGUACACAGCCGCUCCUCCACAAUGGGGAGGGACUCUGAUUCCUGGUAAUAACUGCCCAUAAUUUCACAAUCUAAAUAAGCUUCAGUGCUUUAAUGUUUGGUCCCAUUAAUUUAAAUCAGAGUUAUUUUCUACUUCCACAUUUUUGUAAGCCACAAGGACUGGUGUACAUCACCUCUUUGUGCACUUUCCCCCUAAUAUGACCACACGGUCCUUGUCAUAGAAGGAACCAGUAUUAUUCUUUAGAAGAUCUGGUGGUGAAUAACAAUUCAUAACAAAGGGCAGUAGACUGAACAGGGUCCUGAGUUUGUCAAACUGGGCCAGUUCCUAAUAUUGCAAGCAGACAAAAUUCCUAAUAGAACUAUCCUGUGCCUCAUCUAUGAAGAAGUCAACCUCACAUAAGGUCAGUUGGGCUUACUCCCAGGUCAGUGGGUAUAGAAUUGACUUAUUUGGUAGUAAGCCCAUGAGCUCAGCACAGCUGUUAUGAGCAAGAAUGCAUAGGAUUGGGCUGUUAGGAAUUUUCUUAGAAAAUCUGAUACUGUGCAAGCAAUUGUUUGCCUGUGGGGGCGUCCUUAAAUGCCAGGACCUCUUCACUUUUGAUCAGCUUUUGUUUUCACCAGCCCAAGGACUGGAAGUAGUUCCAUAUUGACUCAAAGGACAUAGACUCAGAUUGCAAGUUUGUCAGUACGCUGUUUUGUCAGCCAAAGAAACCAUGAUAUGCCAGAUUGCAAGCAGCCUGUUGUGGACUAGUUCACCUUUGGAAAGGAUGAUCUGCUGUAAUAAUCAUCACAAGUCCAAGGAUCUGGUUGUAUAAACUUGAAAUAAUAACUUCUAAAAUCUUCCCAUGUGCUUUGGCAAUGUUCAUCUGUAUGAAGUUCAGAAUAAAGUUUAUUCCUGAGAAGCUCUGGAUUCUAUUACAAAAACUCUGUAGGAAAAAAGGAAGGUAAAACACAUAUUCCUGAAAGCACAAUAAAAAAAUAUUCAGUGAUCAUAAA